UCAAUUAAUUCCCUAACUUUUAUUCCUACGCCGGCUUCACCACUUUCCCCUCUGCUUUUCACCUCUCACGCCGCCGCCGUCAGCUGUCCUACGCCGACUUCACCACUUCCCCUCUGCUUUUCACCUCUCACGCCGCCGACGUGAGCUGUCGCCGGAGAAGACGUCGCCGCCGCUGUGAGCUGUCGCCAGUUCCCCUUCCCUAUUUACCCUUCCCUCACGUUAAGAUCUCACGAAGGAGGGCGGCAGCUUGAAGGAAGCAGCGGCGGGGAUAAACACCGAUGCAGAAGCGGAGCGUCGCUGCUGGCCGUCGGCCGUCGGGAACUGAUGGAUCGGACUUCUCCUACCGCAUGGUCGUCGACUCCAGGUACACGAAAGUGGCUCGAGGGAAAUCCAGGCUUGGAGGUCUACUUGUUGCCCAGACUGCCAGUCAAAUAAUUUGGACAGUUCUGGUAUUCUUAUCUGCAUUGCCUGAAAAGAAGAUUGAGGCAGUUCCUGCUGUAUCUCUUUCACUUGGAUUCAUUUCACUUGUAAUUGGAGAAUUAGGUCGAAGGCGCAGCUCCAAAAGAUUGCUGAGAUUGUACAAUAUCUUCUCAUCUGUAGCAACUGCACUAUCUGUUGUUUGUAUUUUUAGGAGUAACCUGCACUUAAAGGUUAGCAAUCUCCAAAGCUUCACAGACCUGCUGAUAUAUGAUCUUCUUGUGUUAGUACGCACUGUGAUUGGUGUUUGCCUGCAGAUAUUUGCUCUAAGUACAAGUAUUACACUGGUGCACAACAUGUCUCCCCAGACAGUCUCCUAACUAUGAAUCUGAAAAACAAUUGACUGCUGUUAGAUUUUGCAUUACGACACCUGGCCUGUGUUGGGCCUUCCAGAGCAUCAAAGGGCAAGGACUCUAGUUUGAUCAACUUAGAUUGAGUUCAAAUAUGAGCUUAAAUAAGGAGAUCCAGCUCUGGAACAAUCUCAGCCGUUCAUCCAAUAUCGGAGUAGAUCUGAGACAUCCGAGAAGAAUAUGGUCCAUCCAAGCCAAGGGGAAGUAGAUCACAACCAGUGAUCAAGAUCUGAAGAUUUGGAUCGGAUUUGGAGCAACUUCCACCAUUGGAUCAUUCUGAAGCAAUCUCAACCGUUGACUCAGAUUGCAGAUCAGAUUUAAGUGGGAAAUGAGAAGCUACAGGUUGUUCGUGAAUUUGCUACAGUUCACGUCAAGAACAGGGGCGAGCUCGUUCCGGCGAUCUUCUUCCUUGAUCCAUUCCACCGCCGGCAAGCUGCUGAGGUCAAGGGCGUUUCCCUUCCUCCGGUCAUUACCCAUCUUCAAGUCGGCGACGUCAUUUCCCCAUCUGAUUUCUAUUUCUGUCGCGAUUUCCAUGAGAAGAACGGAGAAGUGGAGCAAUCCGGUGGUUUCAGCCGAUUUCUUUCCCGUCUUCCAACCAGCGACCUUCUUCCUCGAAGCUCUGUUUAGUGUUUGCUUCUGACUUCUCUGUUUUCUGCAUCGAUUUCUAAUUCUAGCUGCGUUUCAUCUGAUUUGAUCGGUUAUUCAUCACUUAUGUGCUGUCGACAUCUUCGUCCAAUCCAAUGAGUGUUUGGGAAUGCCCUAGCUCACUUCGGUUCAACACUUUUCUAGUUGAGAAUGUUUGCUCUUGUUUCUGUUCAAUUUCAUAGAUCCGAAUUAGCUUUAGUUAGUUUCUAUUUCUAGUUGUUGUACUCCUUAUCUGUCAUUUUCACUUAACUGAGUAGAUCUCCUUCCAUGUGACGAAUGGUUGGCUUGAUCCUUUAUGCAUCUGAUCUUCAUGAUUCAAUUUGUUCUUGCCUUGUUCUGGCUUAGUUUUCAUUUUGUUAGCACUGUUCAAUUUGAGAAGUAUUAGUUAGUUUCAUUAGUUUAGCUGUGAAAGGAUCUUGAUUCUGUUACAUGAUCUUGAUUCAUGUUUGCCAUUUGUGACUUUGCUUAAUUCAUGCUUUGAUCUUGUUUGUGUUUGAUUGUUGUUCUUGUUUGCUGUUUGUUUAGAAUGCAAGUAGGUCAGAUCGGUUUCAACCAAAUGCUCAAGUUUCCUUAAUUGCUUUGCUCUUCUUCAAUUCAUUCCAUCAGAAGUUUAUAUAGGCUAUCUUUUACUACUUAUCUUUUAGCAUUUAUAGUUUAAAACCCAAAACCCCAUAUCUAAUAAAUCAAUCCUAAAAUAUUAAGCAUUGGCUACAUUCAUUGGGAGACGACCCAAGUUAUCUCUAUGCUACAUUAGUGUAGAAUGGAUUCGGUCACUUAAUUCUUUUGAUACCCAUUUCACGACAAAAUUAGGGUUUAUCAAAUUUGGCGCCGUUGCCGGGGAAUGUAGCGGUGUUUGAUACCUUAGGAUUGUUUCUUUUUCUUUUUAUAUAAAAAUUUGAAAAAAAAUUGUUUCAAUUGCUUUCAUGUUCAUAUAUCCAUGUGUUUGAUAUGAUAUGCUCCUGUAUCUUCUAAUUGUAGUUGCUAGUAUUUCAGUGUAAGAGCAAGAAACUUCUUUGACCAUGGAUCCAUAUUAUCAGUACUAUCAACCUCAGACUUGGUUCUAUCAGCCUGAACAUCAGUACUACCCACCUGUGGAUCAAUCAAAUUUUAGGUCUGAGGUUGCACAUAGUCAGUUUACUGACUCAUAUCCAGCACAUCAAGGCCCACAGGGAGUUCAAAUUGAUUAUAUAGCUAUGCGGAAAAAGAUUCGUGGCAUUCAACAAUUCAAGGAGGAGACAUUGCAUGAAUAUUGGAAGAGAUUUAAGGAACUUUGCUCUAGUUGUCCUCAACAUCAAAUUAGUGAUCAGUUGCUUGUCCUACAUUUUUAUGAUGGAUUGUUUCCGUUUGAUUUGUACAUGGUGGAUAAAGCUAGUGGAGGGCCCUUGAUUGAUAAAACUCCUGAUGAAGCUAUAAAACUUUUGGAAACCAUGGCUGCCAACCCUCAACAAUUUAGAAAUGGACAACUAGUUACCAUAAGAGUUGAUGAGAUUAUUCCUACGGAUGUAGAGGUGCCUGAGCAAAGGAAUUGUAUUGUUUUUGACAGGCAUGAUCUUGAUUUUAUUAUUUCACAGGAGUCCUCUAAUACUUCUUGUUGUGAUGUUGUAGUUGUAAAAAUUUCUGACUCUACUGAUAAUGUUGUUGUAGAUGUUGUUGAUGAUGUAGGUACUGAUGUAGAUGAUGAUGUAAGUGUAGGGGAUUGCACAUUGGAAGCAAUACCUCAAGAAUCACCUGAACUAGAUGUGGAUGAUGAGAGUGUAGGGACUUGUAUUAUGGAGGCAAGAACCCAAGAAUCACUAUCUGUGGUUGUACAUUCACCUGAGUCAAAACCAGAGUCUAAGCUAUUAUCUGAUGAUGAGGAGGUCACAACCAUCAUUUUAGAACCUCCAGGUACCUUUCAACAUGACAAGGUUAAUAUUUCUUGUGAUUCAUUAGAAGAUUUUAUAAAGGUACCAUUUAUUGAUUUUGUUGGAUGUGAUGCAUUUCUUGAACCAUGUAAUGUAGAAACUAAUAUUUUCCCAUACUUGCAAGAGGUGUUGUCUUUUGUUGAUUUUGUAGGAGAAUAUAAGCUUCCGGAGUGGAUGCUUAAAUUGAAUCGUCUUCAACCUCCAGGGCAAAUUUUCAAGGAGCACAUGGUGGGAGGAGAGGUCUUGACUUCAAUGCACAAUAUUCCACUUCCAAAGUGGAUUUCGUACCUUAACCGACUCCAACCACCGGGAAGAACCAUUCCAAUACCAGCGUGGAUUCUUCUUCUUAAUCUUCUUCAACCACCCGGAAUUAAGGGGAGUUUGUUCCUUCCUUUUAUUUUUGCUUAACACAUUUCUUUAGUUUCAUACUUUACCAUUGCAUUUUACUUUCACACUUUGCAUUUUGUUUGGUACAUAGCAUGUUAUUUUGAAUAAAAGUCUCCAUGGGAAUUUCUAAGUAAUACUUUUACAAUGGUAAAAGUUCUUUAAGUUUGACCAUCAAGUUUAGGUCAUCUUACAUGAUUGAAUACUUUACUUGCAUGAUAUUGGUUAGUGUGGUGAUGGAUUCCAUUUUGAUUAAUUGAGUUUGAUUGCAAAAAAAAAAAAAAAUUACCUAAAGAGGACCACUUUAAGCCUAUACUUAAUUAUUCUUUUGUGUGGCAUGCACUCACAACAAUUGAAACUCUAGAACUUGCUUAGUUUCUUUUCAAAAUCACAAUAAUAAUUGUAUGCAUGAACAUGAUAAAGGAUAUUUCUUUCCUAUUCUUUGAUUUCUAUUCUCAUUCUUUGAUUUCUAUUCCUUCCGAAUUCUAGUUGAAAAAAUUCAUGCAACAUUGUUACUUUCCACCAUAUUUGCUUUGCCUUCAUUCUUUUGAGAGUUUGGUUGAAUUCUUGAUGAGUUAGAUUGCCAAGAUGGACAAAGGAUUAAGUGUGGGGGAUGUUAUGUGUUGGGAAUUUAUGGAAGUCAAAAUCGAUUAGAAAUUCUGAGAUUGGUGAAUUUUGUAAAAAGUGCUUGAUAAAUACUUGAAGAAAAGGGCAUUAGUUUAAAAUCAAGUGCAGUUUUUGCUUAUAUCAGAGCCUUGGACAUCAGUUUCAAAAUUAUGAGUUGCUAUUUAGUUCCUAUUGUUGGGAUUGGAAAAUGCUAAAUAU